AAAUAUCGAGAAAGGCGCUGGAGGAGACUGGAUUUGUUUUUGUGGAGGAUAGCCUCGCUCCUUUAGGUCGGGAUUCAAUAGAACAAUGUUGGAGGUGAACUCAUUAACAGGAAGGCGUGGUGGGGAGGUAUAUGAAGUACAAAGUUCGUGGGAAAACAUCAGAGAAAAUGUGGACAGUACACCUACCAUGGUGUUUUCUGUGAUUGGAGAUUCAGACAGUUUCGUCCCUAAACCGUGGGCUAAAACUGUCUUUCAAACUGCUUUAAUUGAAGCGGCUAAAAGCGGGGGAGAGUCCUGGAUUCUUUACCGGGGUCAUAGUUACGGCGUUUCUGAUAUCAUACGUGAAGCCUACAGAAACUAUGGAGAUAUGGAGUUCGGAACAGACAGCAAGAAUGUUAUUCUCAAAGACAAAAGGCGACACAUAAAACUAAUAAGCAUUGCUGGAAAAGAGUCGCCUGACGGAAUGCAGGAGAUGGAGACAGAAGAUAAGACACCAGAGUAUGGGAUAAAUUUCGACGCCGGGGAGGAUUUCCUUAUGGAGUUUGAGAAAUAUGUUUCGGAACAAGAAGUAUCAUUCUUCAGCCAAAAAAUAGACUUCAAGAUGCCUGUUCCAAUUGCAAUCAUUGUUUGUGAGGGUGACAUCGAAACUGUUGCACAUACAGCAGGGGCACUGGAAAACAAACUACCUGUUAUCAUUAUGAAAGGAUCGGGGAAAGCUGCCGAUUUAAUUUUAGACUACCUAGAGAACAAUGAUUUAUUGAGAAAGAAAGCCAGCUUAUUGUUUGGGAUACGAUUCGACAGCAAUAAUUACGAAAAAUUGAAAGACUACCUUGACACCAUCAAACAAAAGGAAGAUUUGAUAGCUGUAUUUGAUGUGAACAAUGACGAUCCUCUGAUGCUCUCAAACAUUGUGGGGGAGGCUGUCGUCAGUUGUUGGGCCAUGGAGAAAAUUCUUCACGAGGACCAUCAAAGUAAAACUAAAACUCUGCUGCUCAUAUUUAAUCAUAUUAACCUUAGACCCAAGACAGCAAUUCCUCAUUCGCAAAAGAAUGGUUUGGCUUUCACUGGAUCUUCACUGGCCUGGAAACUAUUACGUAGGAACUCUGUCAGACCCGAGGAGAACAUCAUGAAUCAGUUACUGGGAGACUACAAGGAGGAAUCAAGAGUUUAUGUUUUAAAUCCAAAGUAUACGUCACCUGCCUCGCUGCCUCUGUAUUUUUACUUUGGGUUCCAACUCUUACAGGAAUCAGGAUUAUUGAAACAGAGCGGACAUAUUUUACUGUUUGAGGCACUUAAAGCUAACAGAUGUGAUUAUGUAAGAGUUUUACUGGAUCAAGGGGUAAAAUUCAAGCUUAACAAUUUGCCAGAAUUGUAUGAACAGACUGUUUCCUGCAAGGAGGAUUGUGAAUUUAAAGAUGAGGAUUGUCUUCACAUGGAAUGGAUUCUAAAGCAAAUCCAAGAAACGCACGCAAAGAGACUUUGUAAUAAACACAGGUCACUCCUACGAAAAAUAAAGAAAGCAAAAGACAAACAUAAUGACAAAGACAGGGAAAAAUAUGAGGAUCAAAGAGAUAAUUUACAUGAUUCCGUGGCAGAGGCAGCUAAAGGGUUAUGUCGGAAGAUACUAAGAUAUAAAAGUAAGGAAGAGGAGUCAUGGGAUCAAAGCGGAAAUGGAGAUUUAAAAGAUGCAAAUAUUUCUGAUAUUUUGUUGUGGGCAAUAUUUGCAAAUAGAAGAGAAUUGGCUGAAAUUUGCUGGCUUCGAAGUGAGGACCAUCUGUUGACAGGAUUGGUCUGUUCAGCUAUACUGCAGAAGCUGUCUGUCAAAGCUGGAAAUGUUAAAGAACAGAUUCUAUCAAAUGAUCUAGCGGAACAUUCCAAGUUGUUUGAGCAACGUUGCCUAGCAAUAAUGGACAGAAUGUACGAGGAGAACACAAAGCAAGCCAUAGAAUUAAUGGACGACGAGGCUUCAAUAUGGGGAAUACAUUCCAGUCCACUGACCUUCGCCUAUGAAAAUUUUAUGUACGACGUAGUAGCUCACACUUGCUCCCAGAAAAACAUGAAUAAACAGUGGUACAACAACCUGGCUCCUGAUCUGAAGCCAUUCCUAAAAUCCGCUUUUCGAAGACCCAGGAAGUUCUUCACGGCUCCUCUGACAAAAUAUGUUUAUAAUUAUAUAAUGUUUUUCACCAUGUUGGUGAUGUACAGCGCCUUUGUUCUGACCAGCAUAAGUACGAAAUAUUACGUACAGGACAGAGCCAGAGUUUUUGAGUACUAUGUGUAUUUCUGGGGCGCGGGUGAUUUCAUAGAGGAACUUAUCAGCUGUUUUGGAUGUCUGGAAUCAAGAGGCAGAUCACAUCGAGGUUACUACUCACGAAUGAAGAGAUAUCUGUAUGAUUUCUGGAAUGUUGUCGACUUGUUGUCGUACGCCUUAUUAAUCACAGCUUUAUUUGUACGUCAUUUCCAUCCCUCAGAGACCUUCACAAUAGCCAGGAGAAUGUUUUCUCUCUCUCUUCUUGUUAUGUAUUUGAGGUUCCUUGAAGUAUUUCUUAUUCACAGGAGAAUGGGACCAACGCUUAUCAUGAUAAAGGAAAUGUUGAAAGACCUGUUUAGUUUCCUGUUCUUGGCGAUGUUUGUUGUUUUUGGAGUUGGUAUUUACUACCAUGCGAAUCUAUGGCCGGACCAUCAGACAAUCUGGGACGGUGAUUGGACAAACUGGAGAAUUUGGACAAUAAUCUAUUACCCUUACUGGCAGUUAUACGGAGAAUCAUUUAGUGAAUUUCUUCAAGGUGAGGAUCUCUCAGACUGUACAAAUAUAACCUCUGUUUGGGAGGCGGAUCCAUCUAUUGACCGAUGUCCACAGGAGGACUGGACUGUGUUGGCUAUCUCAGCAUUCUACAUGCUUUUCUCAAACCUGCUAUUGGUUAACCUAGUAAUUGCCAUGUUCAGCUACACAUUUGAAAGAGUGCAGAAUAAUGCAGAGAAACUAUGGCGUUUUGAGAGAUACACGGUAAUUAACGACUAUGAUUGGAGGAUUCCGUCUCCUAUCAAUCUUAUUUUUCUGCCCUAUCGUUUCUGUUGUUGUCCAGGGAGACAAGGAUGUUGCCUACAUAGAUGCAGGGAAUGUUGCUGUGAGGAAGAGGUAAAAGUGGAAAAAAAUGAAACAGAAAAGUCCGUGAAAUUCCGUAAAAAUUUCCAAAAGAUAACAGCCUUCAAAAUACGGAAUAAUAUGUAGGAGGAACUCAGUCUAAUUCAAAGUCACAAGAAUACAAAUUAGGCAUGGCAAUGUGAUAUUAGAAAAUUGAUAAUGAAAAUGUUGUAUGUUUGCAAAAAUGUCGUCCAAUUGUAUGAAAAUGUAUUGUGACAAGAGAAAAGGAAUAUUUCCAAUUUCAUGUUUAUUUAUUUUUUUACAAAACCUAUAUUAAACAUUCCGUCCUACGAAAAUUUU